GCUUCUCAAAGCUUGCUGAGCCUUGCUGAUCGUGAAAAUUCCGAUGUGAAGCGACAAAGAAACCUUUAUGCCUUUGCAAAGCUAGCUGCCGCCUGUGCUGAUGAAGUCCCGAGUGAUGUUGUUAGUGAGGCCAACAGGAAGCUGGUUCUUAUCAAGCAUCAAUCGUUAAUUCCAGAAUCUUUAGUCAAGAACGUUUUUCCUGACAAUCCUCAUCGCCCUUUGACCGCCUUGGAAAUAAUGGAGCUGAAUAUGCUUGAUCCAGAAAUCGUCGAAGGGCACAAA